GAUUGUUCCAAUAUUUUAAUGAAACCAGAUUUAUCGCUUUGUUCCAUAAGGAUGUGUUUGGUGACAUCAGUCCUCGUUCUGCAGCUGAGGACAGAGUGUCAGGACCUGGGAAUAAGGCACCAGAGCACAGCCCGCCUCCUGCCUGCCUGUCAGCUCUGUGCGUAAAACGUAAAGCGCACUUUUUGGCAAGUUGUGGGGGACCGGCGGCGCUAUGACCCAGCUCCCUCCUUCCCACCUCCUCCUCAGCUCCUCUCUGCUGCUCCAAGUCUGUAAACUGAAGGAGCGGAGGGGAGGAAGUCACCAAAGAGCUGUAGUCUAAUUUGUUGCUGUUGCAGGAAUCAGGGUUUCCUUCCAGCUCCUCGCACAAAUUCCAGGGAUUUUUUUCUCUCUCCUUUAAAAGAAAACGCGUGUUUGUUCCACCUCCUUCCCGUCAAUGUAAUCUGACUGCUUGUCUCCUCCGGAAUCUGUUGUUUCUCCGCUUGGACUUCCAAAAAGUACACAUCUGCUGCUGGAAAACGGGAAUUUGAUCACUGUGGUGAAUUCGUCGCACACGUUUCGUCUUCCUGAAUCCGUUCUUUUGAGUCCGAAGGGAGCAGGCUGGACAUAAUCCCGUCCUGGACCAGCCCCAGUUUACAGAGGCGACCUGGUUUUGGAAGAAAAGUUAAGAAAUAAUAAAUGUUCCUCAUGCGUCGAGUGGAUCGGCUCUGAGGCGCAAAUCCGGAGUGAGGAGGACCCCGACUUUGGAUUUUUUUUCUUCUUUUUUACGCGCAGGAACCUUUCACCCAAAUCUUGCCAGCUGACACCGUGCGUCUGUGAUUUACUCUCCCAAGUUGGAGCUGUUGGAUUUAACCGCUGUGUGAUUUGUGGGACUUGCGCUGUCGCCCUCAGAACUGCCGCAAAGCUGAGACUCGCACACGAUCACCAUCAUCAUCAUCAUCACCAUCAUCAUCAUCAUCCUCAUGCAGCGCUUCUUCUUCUUCUUCUUCUUGGAGAAAAUCUGCAGCAGCGGAAUCGAGGGAAGUGGAGAGGCAGCAUGACUCUGGAGUGCUUUGACUCUAUAUUCCACUCUCAUAUAUAGCCCGAGAUCUUAAUGCUGUUCCGUUUUGGUUUACAAAUAUGAUGAAAUGGCAGCCCCGGAAGAAGGCAUACUUCCGACAGGGUGUUGCCCUUCAGUACCUUGGUCGCCAUGCAGACGCACUGGCCGCCUUUGCCUCGGGGCUGGCCCAAGACCCCAAGAGUUUGCAGCUACUCGUGGGCAUGGUGGAAGCCGCCAUGAAGUCGCCGUUACGAGAUUCCCUGGAGCCCACCUAUCAGCAGCUGCAAAAGAUGAAAUUGGACAAAAGUCCGUUUGUGGUGGUGUCUGUGAUUGGCCAGGAGCUGCUGACAGCGGGACACCACACAGCCUCUGUUGUGGUGCUCGAAGCUGCUUUGAAGAUUGGGACUUGCAGUCUGAAGCUCCGCGGCUCUGUCUUCUCGGCCCUCAGCAGCGCUCACUGGUCCCUGGGCAACACAGAGAAGAGCACAGGCUACAUGCAGCAAGACUUAGAGGUGGCCAAGACCUUAGGUGACCAAACAGGGGAAUGCCGUGCUCAUGGGAAUUUGGGCUCUGCAUUCUUCUCCAAGGGGAACUACCGUGAAGCGCUGACUAACCACCGCAACCAGCUGGUUCUGGCCAUGAAGUUAAAGGACAGAGAGGCAGCUUCAAUGGCGCUGAGCAGCUUGGGCCAUGUAUAUACAGCCAUUGGGGACUAUCCAAACGCCCUCGCUAGCCACAAGCAGUGUGUCCUCCUGGCCAAGCAGUCCAAGGAUCAGCUGUCGGAGGCUCGAGAGCUGGGAAACAUGGGGGCAGUCUACAUCGCCAUGGGAGACUUUGAUAAUGCUGUACAGUGUCAUGAACAACAUUUAGGCAUAGCCAAAGCCCUGGAAAAUAAACGAGAGGAAGCUCGGGCAUACAGCAACCUAGGCAGUGCCUACCACUACCAUCGUAAUUUUGAUAAAGCUAUGUCCUACCACACUCAUGUUCUGGAGCUUGCCCAGGAGCUGGAAGAAAAAUCCAUUGAGAUGAGAGCAUACGCAGGGCUAGGUCACGCUGCACGCUGCAUGCAAGACUUGGAGAGGGCCAAGCAGUACCAUGAACAGCAGCUGUCCAUCGCUGAAGGACUGAAGGACAGGGCUGCAGAGGGACGGGCCUCCUCCAAUUUGGGCAUUAUCCACCAGAUGAAGGGGGACUAUGAGACUGCACUGAAACUCCACAAAACACACCUGGCCAUUGCUCAGGAGCUGAAUGACUAUGCUGCCCAGGGUCGGGCUUAUGGUAACAUGGGUAAUGCUUACAAUGCCCUUGGAGCCUUUGACCAAGCUGUCCGCUACCACCGCCAGGAGCUGCAAAUCUCCAUGGAGGUCAAUGACAGGGCUUCACAGGCGUCCACUCAUGGCAACCUGGCUGUAGCUUACCAAGCCCUUGGUGCUCAUGAUCGGGCUCUACAACAUUACCAGAACCACCUCAACAUAGCUCGGGAGCUCAGAGAUGUACAGAGUGAAGCUCGAGCUCUGGGAAACCUCGGCAACUUCCACUGCUCUCGGGGAGAAUUUCCUCAAGCUGUGCCCUACUACGAGCAGUACCUCAGACUGUCCCCUGAGCUCCAAGACAUGGAGAGUGAAGGGAAAGUUUGUCACAAUUUGGGUUAUGCUCACUACUGCUUGGGCAACUACCAGGAUGCUGUCAAAUACUACGAGCAGGAUCUAGCUCUGGCCAAGGAUCUCCAUGACAAACUAAGUCAGGCCAAGGCAUACUGCAACCUUGGUUUGGCUUUUAAGGCCCUUGGAGAUUUUGCUAAGGCAGAGGAGUGCCAGAAGUAUUUGCUGUCAUUGGCCCAGUCCCUGAACAAUGCGCAGGCUCGCUUCAGAGCACUGGGGAACUUAGGGGACAUAUUUGUCUGUAAAAAAGAUGUAACUGGAGCCAUUCAGUUUUAUGAACAGCAACUGGCUUUAGCGCACCAGGUUAAGGAACGUAGGAUGGAAGCCUGUGCUUAUGCUGCUCUCGGAGCCACCUACAGACUUGUGCAGAAAUAUGACAAAGCCCUCGGCUACCACACCCAGGAGCUAGAGGUUUACCAAGAGCUCGGUGAUGUGUCAGGGGAGUGCAAAGCCCAUGGCCACUUGGCCGCUGUCUACAUGGCCCUCGGAAAAUAUGCCAUGGCUUUCAAGAGCUACGAGGAGCAGCUAGAACUGGGUCGAAGGUUAAAGGAUCCUGUUGUGGAGGCUCAAGUUUAUGGAAACAUGGGCAUCACAAAAAUGAAUGUGGGAGUGAUGGAGGAAGCUAUUGGGUACCUGGAGCAGCAGCUGGCUACUCUGCAGCAGCUAAGUGGAAAUGAAGCAGUAAUGGACCGGGGCAGGGCAUAUGGAAACCUGGGAGACUGUUAUGAGGCUCUAGGAGAUUUUGAAGAGGCCAUCAAGUACUAUGAUCAAUAUUUAUCAGUAGCACAGAGUCUAAAUCGCAUGCAAGACCAGGAGAAAGCCUACAGAGGCCUAGGCAAUGGACACAGGGCCAUGGGAAACCUUCAGCAGUCGCUAGUAUGUUUUGAAAAGCGGCUUGUUGUGGCACAUGAGCUAGGCGAGUGCGGAGGCAAGGCUCAGGCCUACGGUGAGCUCGGUGCACUCCACAGCCAAUUAGGCAAUUACGAGCAGGCCAUUUCUUGCCUGGAGCGCCAACUAGCCAUCGCCCGUGACACGCAGGACAGACUACUAGAGGGUGACGCCAGCUGUGGUUUGGGAGCUGUGUACCAAGCUAUGGGGGAGUACGAGACAGCCCUGCGAUGCCACCAAAGUGACCUGGAGAUUGCGGAGGAAGCAGGCAGCGCCACACGACAGGCUCGCGCUUAUGGGAACCUGGGCCUUACCUACGAGUCACUUGGAAACUACGAGCGAGCGGUUGUGUUUCAAGAACAGCACCUGAGUGUGGCGGCUCAGACUAAUGACUUGGCUGCCAAGACACUGGCCUAUGGCAGCCUGGGGAGAACACACCAUGCUCUGCAGAACUACUCACAAGCUGUCAUGUACCUGCAGGAAGGCCUGCGGCUUGCAGAGCAGCUGGCGCGGCGUGAGGACGAGGCGAAGAUCCGCCAUCGUCUGGGGCUCUCCCUGUGGGCCAGUGGGAAUCUGGAGGAGGCCCAGCACCAGCUCUACCGGGCAUCUGCACUGUUUGAGACCAUCCGCCACGAAGCCCAGCACAGCACAGACUACAAGCUGUCACUGUUUGACCUGCAAACCUCCUGCUACCAGGCUCUGCAAAGGGUCCUCGUUAGUCUCGGGCACCACGAUGAAGCCCUGGCAGUGGCAGAACGGGGUCGCACACGAGCCUUCGCCGAUCUGUUGGUGGAGAGGCAGACGGGUCAGCAGGACGCAGACCCCUACACGCCAGUAACGGUGGAGCACAUCUUGGACACGGUCAACAGCCAGAGGGCAUUAGUGUUGUAUUUCUCUAUGGCCGCAGGAUACCUGUACAGCUGGCUGCUGGCACCAGGGGCAGGAAUCCUGAAGUUUCAUGAAGUUUACCUGGGAGAGGGCGUGUCAGAAGGAGGCUCGGACUUCCAGGAAGGAGGUGGAAGUGCAAUAGUCAGCAGCUCCUCACUGGAGCAGCACAUCGCCAGUGCUCGCGAGGCUCUGGGAGUAGAGUCGUAUUACAGCAGAGGGUGUUCGAGCAGCGAGACGGAGAGCGAGGCCGGAGAUUUGUUGGACCAGCAGUUCGAGGAGCUUAACAACAAGCUCAACUCUGUAACGGAUCCAACGGGCUUCCUGCGCAUGGUGUCGAGAAACAACUUGUUCAACAGGAGUUGCCAGAGUAUGACCAGCCUCUUCAGUAACACCAUGUCUCCAGCCAAAGAUGGUAACUCUUCCCUGUCUCGUCGUGCCAGCAACCUUGGCAAACCUCCCCUUCGAGCACUGUAUGACUUACUUAUUGCACCUAUGGAAGGGGGCCUGAUGCACUCCAGUGGGCCUGUUGGCAGACACAGACAGCUGGUGAUGGUUCUGGAAGGCGAGCUGUACCUCAUCCCAUUUGCCUUGCUGAAAGGAAGCUCAUCCAAUGAAUACCUUUACGAGCGUUUCAGCCUCAUUGCCGUGCCCUCCAUCCAUGGCCUUGGAUCCAGUGCAAAGACUCACUCUCGGCGUCCUGGACCAGCUCCGAGUGGCGGAGUCUCGAUGGCAGCAGUGGUGGGAAACCCUAAGCUGCCUUCACCUGUGAUGGACCGCUGGCUUUGGGGACCGAUGCCCACCGCAGAGGAGGAAGCGCUAAUGGUGGCCGAGCUGUUGGGAUGCCAGCCUCUGACCAGCUCUGCUGCCACCAAGGAGAGGGUGAUGAGUGCCCUCACGCAAGCCGAAUGCGCGCACUUCGCCACCCACAUUUCCUGGAAACUGGCAGCCCUGGUGCUCACCCCAAACCCCGAGGGUGUCCCCGGAGGAGCAGGAGCCAGCGUAGGAGCGGGGACAAUGGGCAGAGGUGUGGGAGGAAGACGAGGCAGCAGUGGCCGAGGCAGGAAGGGCUCCACUGGAAGUGGCUACACCGUCCCGGAGUCUCUCCACAUGCAGGAUGACGGCAGUGACGUGGAGAGCAUCUGUGACAGUCCGCCCCUUCAGGAGUUCCUGCUCACGGCUGCAGAUAUACUGGACCUGAGGCUGCCUGUCAAGCUGGUGGUGCUGGGGUCAUACCAAGAGUCUAGCAGCAAAGUCACAGCAGACGGUGUCGUUGGACUGACCAGAGCCUUCCUGGCAGCCGGCGCUCAGUGUGUUCUUGUGUCCUUGUGGCCUGUACCUGUCGCAGCCUCCAAGGUUUUCGUUCAUGCUUUCUACUCCGCCCUGCUCAAUGGGACCAAGGCUAGUGCAGCACUAGCUGAUGCCAUGAAAACAGUCCAGAGCAGCAAACAGUACUCCCACCCAUCCAACUGGGCAGGAUACAUGCUGAUUGGUAAUGAUGUGAAGCUGAACAGCCCGUCUUCUCUAAUUGGCCAAGCCUUGGCCGAGAUUCUGCAAUAUCCAGAUCGAGCUCGUGAUGCACUGAGGGUUUUACUUCACCUGGUGGAGAAGUCUCUUCAGAGGAUCCAGAAUGGACAACGUAAUUCCAUGUACACGUCCCAGCAGAGUGUGGAAAACAAGGUGGGGGGCGUCCCUGGCUGGCAGGCCCUGCUGACCGCUGUGGGCUUCCGUCUUGACUCUGCAGGCACCGGUAUUCCUGCUGCUGUCUUCUUUCCCACUGCUGACCCUGGGGACAGGCUCCAGCAGUGCAGUACCACCUUACAGUCACUGUUGGGUCUGCCACCACCAGCUCUCCAAGCUUUGUGCAAACUCAUCACAGCUUCUGAAGCAGGAGAGCAGCUCAUCAACCGGGCUGUUAAAAAUAUGGUGGCCAUGCUCCACCAGGUGCUAGUUCAACUCCAGACAGGGGAGAAAGAACAGGAUUUCUCCCUCCUUCCCAUUCAGGUGUCCAUCAGUGUGCAGCUAUGGAGAUUGCCAGGAUGCCACGAGUUUCUGGCUGCUCUUGGAUUUGACUUAUGUGAGGUAGGCCAAGAAGAAGUAGUGCUGAAGACAGGCAAGCUGGCCAACCGCCGCACUUUACACUUUGCUCUCCAGUCUCUGCUGGCGCUGUUUGACUCCACAGAACUGCCCAAGCGCCUGAGUCUGGACAGCUCAUCUUCCCUCGAGUCUUUAGCUUCAGCCCAGUCUGUGUCCAACCCAUUGCCCACAGGCUACUCAAGCCUUCCGUUUUCUCCUCCUUACUUGGACAAUCAAGCAUCAGACGCUAUCUCUGUCUACAGCCUCAGCUCUGUAACUUCAUCUAUGAGCUUUGUCUCCAAGUCGGACUGUGAUUUUCUUGGUCACCGUCAACGUGGUGGGGCCACGGCACACUAUUCUCUUCACAAACACCCUCAAGUUCCACGUAGUCGCUCAUCUCCUCAUGGGGCAGCUGCCGUGGGAUCGGGAGCGCGGGGCGACGAAGAGGAAUACGAGGGCUUUUCCAUUAUCAGCAGUGAACCACUGGGAAGUCACUGUGACUCACUGCCUUUGCCACCAGGCCACAGCCAGCGACACCAUCGUGGAGGCAGAGGAGUUGGUGGGUCCACAGGGGCAGGGAGAGGUUACACAGUCUCAGUUUCAUCAAGAGGUAGUGUCAGCACACCUACAUCACCAGUCAAAACAUCCCUGGUACCCAGCCCAAACUCACCGUUUCAGAAGGUGGGUAAGGUGAGCAGCUCAGACACAGGUGAAUCUGACCAGUCCAGUACUGAGACAGACAGUACGGUCAAGUCUCAGGAAGAAAAAACUGUCAAUCUCGAUCCUCAAGAGCUGGCCCAGAAGAUUCUGGAGGAGACUCACAGCCAUUUGCGUGCUGUGAGCAGUCUUCAGCGGGCUGGAGCAGAGGGUGGGACAGGUGCUGUCACCACAGCCCGAAGCAGCACAUUCCGUUCUUCUGAAACCAGCGCAUUCAGCCGUCCAAACAGCAGUGCCAGUGGCCGCGCUCAGUCUUCCCCAAGACCCAAACCUCCCUCUCGUUCUUCGUCUCUGCAGAAGAUAAGCUCUGGAUACAACAGCCCUGCGGUCUCUGAGUCUUCUCAGAAAGAAGGCAGCCAUCCUUCACCCACUCUGGACAGCCACGCACAGUUCAAAUUGAAGUACCCGAGCUCUCCUUACAGUGGCCACAUUUCUCGUUCCCCAAGUAAUGUGUCUCCCAGUUCUGGUCACCAGUCACCAGCUGGCAGUGCCCCAUCUCCUGCUCUGUCUUACUCCUCCACAGGCUCUGCGUGUUCCACAUCAGCUGAUGUGUCAGAUUUGGACAGGCUGAGAAGAGGGGUCAUUGAUGAAAAAGUCCAAGCUAUCCACAAUCUGAAGACCUUUUGGGCGAACGCUGCAGCUCAGCAACAGCAUCAUCUAGGUCCCGUCAAAGCCAUCCACAGCACUCCUGGACCCAUUGCUUCUGCUGGCAGAGAUGUACUGAGCCUUCUAAAUCUUUCGCCACGGCACUGCUCUCCUAAUGAUGGCCAAGACAGCCUGGAGUUGCGAGAGCUGGGACUGGAUAGCAGUAGCAAGAACUCUUCCAAUGGUCACCACUGUUCCAAUCCUAGAAAAGUUGCCCCAUCGCCUACUAUUUCCACAAGCAGUAGCCCUGGUGCUCGCUCUAUUCGACUACCUGCUGGCAAUGGAUACAAAUUCCUGUCACCUGGAAGAUUUUUCCCCUCUUCUAAAUGCUGAAAUGUUCAAUUUGAUCAUUUUGUUUGUCUAUAAUAUACUAUCCCCAUGUGUUGGAGGAGUAGGGCACUUUUCCAAGACUAAUGUUAGUCCACCAAGCUUGACUGACGGUCAGAAGGAUUUCUUUGGCUCAUGCGUGUGCUCCUGUAGAGGCACAAGGAUGCUUUGGAAACUGUCUUGUCUUUGUGCCCAUAACACUGUAAAUGGCAAUGAGAAAUACUCAACGACCUGAUACUGUGUUUGUGUGUAACUGUGUCAGGUGGAUCUUAAUGCAUUUUUUUUUAUUUCAAAAAACCUUUGUGUGGGCCAAAAUGCAACAACUGUUGAUUCUCUUCAUUCUGUUUUUGGUUUGUUCUGAAAUUUAUUUGUUAUUGUUAUUAUUGUUUGUUAUUGUUGUUAAUAUUAAAAUUAUUAUUAUUAUUAUGUUUUGUAAAUUAACUUUGUGUUUCACAAUCAGUAUUAAGCAUUUUAUAUAAUUAAAAAGUGAAGAAAUCUGUACCAUGUUAAGAUGGAUAGAGAUGGGGAAAAAAGAUUUAAUAUUUUUUAUUGAAAUCAAAAAGGGCAUUUUGCCUGAUUUCUUUGUGAUCUGAGUGUCUGCUCUGAAGCAUGGAUUCUCUUGCUAUUCAGUGUUAAGUAUCAUGUAUGACUUUUUAGCCCAUGACUUUUUGAAAUUAAAAAAAUGUCAAUUUCA